CCUUCUUCCUCAUCCAUUCUCACUCUUUCCCAUGGCAAGAGCUUUGAUGUUUGUCGCCUUACAGUGGAUGUUCCUGGAUUCGCUUCUGGCAGCGUCUACAGCGGAGAUCUCGGCUAUCAGAGACAUUGCCUCCGCCCUAGGAGUGCCGGCCACGGUCUGGAACACGAGCACGGAUCCCUGCAGUGGAAGAUGGAGGGGAAUCAGCUGCUGCAACGCACAACGACUGAACUCUACCUGCUGUUCCUCCAUCUACAAUCCGUUUCCGCCUGUAAGCACCCCUUGUCCAGACUCCUCCUCCGCAAACUCGUCCACCAUCGUCGGAGUGUCUCUCGACUCCAAUUUCAUCAUGCGAGUGUUGAGUGGUUCUCUCCCCGAUUCCGUCUGUAAUUUGACGUCAUUGGUUACUCUGGAUCUCAACAACAACAACUUACAAGGCCCGAUUCCUCGCUGCAUCGGAAUCCGGCUGACACGGCUCAAGAGGCUCGGGAUGGCUGGAGGUGCAGGGAACCUCGGAACCAUUCCGGAGGAGCUCGGGAGCUUGAGCAGCUUGGAGCAGCUUUAUCUGGAUAACACCAACUUGACAGGGCCAAUCCCAAGCUCUUUCGGAGGUAUGACAAGCCUCCAGCAGCUGGAUAUUAGAUACAAUAGAUUAUCAGGAAGGAUUCCAUUGGAGCUGGGAAGGUUGACUAACCUCGUGGAGCUGGGAAUUCAAGUGAACAGCUUGGAAGGUGGCAUCGAGGCCGUGGCCAGCUUGACACGCCUCGAGAUUUUGACAGCCUUUAACAACCAUUUUUCCGGGAACUUGAGCCUGUCCAUCUUCCGGAACCUGUCCAGCCUCAGGGUGUUGAAUCUCAAGUUAAACAACUUCACGGGUGGCAUACCUGAGCUCGAUGAAAGAUUUGUCAAUCUAACUCAUCUCGACUUGAGCUUCAACCAGCUCUCCCGCGGCAUUCCAGGCUCCCUGGUUAGACUCCCUUCUCUCACACAUCUCUUCCUCGGCCACAACAAUCUUUCGGGAGCCAUUCCUUCUUCACCUCCGCCGGCUCUCCAGGUUCUGGAUGUCUCCCACAAUUCUCUCAGUGGCUCCUUGCCGAAUCUACCACAGCAGCUGCAAGUCGACUUCUCCUUCAAUUCCCUGAACUCGGUCUCUUCUUCAGCUGGUGGAAACGGGCAAGGAUACUUCAACUGCAUCGCUCCCGGACUAUCAUGCAACCGGUCACUGCCUGGAAGAUCCACUUCAUUCGCGGUUCGCGUAGGUAGCUCCCAGAACUUGACGAACAGGGACGGUACUCUCUUUCGCAGUGACGGUUUUGCACGAAACUCCACAGGUCUCCACUACUUGGAAGCUGACAGAAACUGGGCGCUGGAACUCUCGAGUGAAUUCAGCAGCACGGUGACAGUCCCAGCAACGAUCAGUGGAGUACCUCCCGAGGACGAUCCCUCUCUUUAUCAAACCAUGAGGUGGUCAUCUUCCUAUCUUGCCUACCAUGGUGGCAACCUGGCUCCUGGAACUUACAGCGUCUCACUGUACUUUUGCGAGACUGUCUUCACCAACGCGAGCUAUCGAGCCAUGGACGUCGUGGUUCAAGGUGAAGUGAUCGCUAGGCAGCUCGACGUUGUGAGAGAAGUUGGACCCCGGACAGCGUACAAGAUCACCAGGAACGCCACGGUCACUGAUGGAAGCUUGUCCAUCGAGUUCAUCUUCACCGGGCCCGACCGCUACAUCAAUCCAAACAUCUUCCGACUCGCGCCACAAUCUGGAGCAAUGGUGUCUGCUAUCUCGGUAAGAUCCUUCGAUCACGUAGACUCUCUGGGCAGUAAUUCCUCGAGAACCUGGAAGGUAGCAGUAGCAGCGUCAGUCUCCGCAGCAGCUGCUGCCAUCGCAGUUAUCAUCAUCGUCGCCAUCUUCUUUUGCAAGAGAUCCAGGAAGAACUUUCGGGCAAAGAGUUUUUCUAUCUACAGUGACACCGUUGGGAUCAAAGUCUACAGCUACAAGGAACUCUACGAGGCAACCGAUGGAUUCAAUCCAACGAAGAAGCUCGGGCAAGGAGGAUUCGGCAGCGUCUACGUGGGGAACUUGCAAGACCAAACUCUCGUGGCAGUCAAGCAACUCCUCCAUCAAACCCAGCAAGGCCGGGAGGCUUUCCGGAAAGAAAUCCGGAUUCUAAGCAGCGUCCAGCACAGGAAUCUCGUGGCAGUGAGAGGAUACUGCCUCGAGGCCGAGCAUCCAAUGCUGGUAUGCGACUACAUGCGCAAUGGAAGCCUAGACCAGUUCCUACACGGGAGCAGGGGAUUUCUCACCUGGAAUCAGCGCCGGAAGAUCGCGAUCGACACCGCAUUUGGCCUGGCGUACCUCCACGAUGAAUCCAAGCACCGGAUCAUCCACUGCGACCUCAAACCGCCAAACAUCCUCCUGGACGACGAUAUGAUGCCGCGCAUCGCGGAUUUCGGCAUGGCGAGGCUGUACGAGGAGGGGAAAUCGCACGUCACGGCCACAAAAAUGGGAGGGACGAUCGGCUACCUCGCCCCAGAGUACGCGAUGCACUACCAGCUCUCCGACAAGGCGGAUGUCUACAGCUAUGGCGUGGUGCUGCUGGAGAUUAUCAGCGGCCGGCGGGCGAUCGAUAGCGCGGCGCCUCGCGAGGAGGUGGUUUUGGUGGAUUUUGCGCAGAGCUUGGCGUCGAUCUCGACGCUGGAGCUUGUGACGCUGCUGGAUAAGAAGCUGGAGGGGGAGGGAGGGGAGAUUAGCGUGGCAGAGGUUGUAGAUAUGGCUAGGGUCGCUGUGCUGUGCACGCUCGAGAAUCCAUCGCUGCGGCCGAGAAUGCGGGCCGUGUGGCUCAUGCUCAAGGGCACGAUGGAGAUUCCAGACAUUCCCGCGAUGCUGGACACCAGGUAUAAUGCCGUCAGGGCGCUCAUGAGUGCUUACGAGCGAUCGCAAGCAACGAGUGAUUGCGCUGAGGCUGUUCUUCUCAGCCCGCGAUAGAAGUGGUAUGGAUCAAACAGGAGUUCUCACUUACCUUGUUCA